GCUAACUGUAGCUAACGUUAGCAGCCCAGUCUGCAGACACGUCUACAGUCCCGGCGGUGCUCCAUAGACAUAUGUUGGACUGCUAGUGGAAGAAAUGAGAGCUACAAACAAGGAUUUAACAGGCCUUCAUACACACACAAAUUAAGCUCCUGGCCCAGCCAUGUUCGGCACAGAGUCCUCAUUAAGCAUGUUUCUCAACACCCUGACACCCAAGUUCUACGUGGCACUGACGGGCACCUCCUCCCUCAUAUCAGGACUCAUACUGAUAUUUGAGUGGUGGUAUUUCAGGAAGUAUGGCACCUCCUUCAUAGAGCAGGUGUCAGUGAGCCACCUGCGCCCCCUGCUGGGUGGAGUGGACAGCAUCCCCAGCAACUCCAACACCAGUAAUGGGGAGGCAGACUCCAAUCGACAAAGUGUGUCUGAAUGUAAAGUAUGGCGAAAUCCGCUCAAUUUAUUUCGUGGAGCUGAAUAUAAUCGUUAUACGUGGGUGACGGGUAGAGAGCCGCUGACAUAUUACGACAUGAACCUGUCAGCGCAAGACCACCAGACCUUCUUCACCUGUGACUCGGACCACCUCCGCCCCGCUGACGCCAUUAUGCAGAAAGCGUGGAGAGAGAGGAACCCACAGGCUCGUAUCUCUGCUGCACAUGAAGCUCUGGAGCUGGAGGAUUGUGCGACGGCAUACAUCCUGCUGGCCGAGGAGGAAGCCACCACCAUCAUGGAGGCCGAGCGCUUGUUUAAACAGGCGCUGAAGGCUGGAGAGAGCUGCUACCGCCGCAGCCAGCAGCUGCAGCACCACGGUACACAGUAUGAAGCCCAGCACAGAAGGGACACCAACGUCUUGGUGUACAUAAAGAGAAGACUGGCAAUGUGCUCCAGAAAGCUGGGCCGCACACGAGAAGCAGUUAAAAUGAUGAGAGACUUAAUGAAGGAGUUCCCUCUCCUCAGUAUGUUCAACAUCCACGAAAACCUGCUGGAGUCGCUGCUAGAGCUCCAGAACUACGCUGACGUCCAGGCCGUUCUGGCCAAGUAUGACGAUAUAAGUUUACCCAAAUCCGCAACAAUAUGCUACACAGCAGCCUUGCUCAAAGCUAGGGCGGUAUCGGACAAGUUCUCUCCAGAGGCAGCGUCCAGGCGAGGACUCAGUACAGCAGAAAUGAACGCAGUAGAAGCCAUUCACAGAGCGGUGGAGUUCAACCCUCACGUCCCCAAAUAUCUGUUAGAGAUGAAGAGUCUGAUUCUUCCUCCAGAACAUAUCCUGAAGCGAGGGGACAGUGAAGCCAUCGCUUACGCCUUCUUCCACCUGCAGCACUGGAAGAGGGUGGAGGGGGCACUCAACCUGCUGCACUGCACCUGGGAGGGCACAUUCAGAAUGAUCCCGUACCCUCUGGAGAAGGGCCAUCUGUUCUACCCCUACCCCAUCUGCACAGAGACCGCUGACAGAGAGCUGCUACCCAUGUUUCACGAGGUGUCAGUCUACCCAAAGAAGGAGCUUCCCUUCUUCAUCCUGUUCACGGCCGGUCUCUGCUCCUUCACCGCCAUGCUGGCACUGCUCACACACCAGUUUCCCGAACUCAUGGGAGUCUUCGCUAAAGCUUUCCUCAGCACACUGUUCGCUCCUCUGAACUUCAUCAUGGAGAAGGUGGAGAGCAUCCUGCCAUCCAGCCUCUGGCACCAACUUACCCGCAUCUAACCCGGACCGACCCAGAAGCAGGACCCGAAGCCGACCUCCAUCCAGACAACAGCUGAACUGAAACCCAGAUGCGCUGGACUGGACUGACACACCUUUGUGCCAAGCUCACCGAGUUCAAACCGAACCCGCCUGACAAAGAGGAUGAGGUGACGGUUGGUGGAGGAGAGGAUAUGGCAUAAAAGAAGGCAAAACAAUGAAAUUCUGAAUUGGUUUUGACUUUAUUUGAUAUGUUUGCAUUUUUUGGGGUUUCCAGUCAUGUAAAGCCUUUUUUUUUUGUUGUACAAAAAGAGGUGAUCAAUUGCCAUCAUUAAAAAAGUGAAAAGACAAAAAAAUACAAUAAAGGACUUUUUGUGUA